UUGAGUCUCGCUCUUUAGAAAGACGCGUUCCUGGGUGAGAGUCCUUAGGAGUCCUAGGGAAUUUAGGAGUCUGGCCUUUCUCCACCUCUCUGCUCUUUCUGCCUUUCUUUGCCCAGGGCGCCCCCACCCUACCCCGUGUGCACGCAGAAGAAAGUUUCACACAGAAUGAGCCCCACGUUGACGUAGGCAUCCCUCCCCUUCUAUCUGGAUAAAAGCCCCGUAAGGGCGCGAGUAGGGGAGAUGAAGAGGUAGGGAUCCUUUGGAUCACUGUGGUCAGGGUCCCGAGGCGGGGCUGGUUAGGAGCCAGCCAAGAGUAGACCCACAUCAGCUUUUCCUUCCUCCAUCAACCUCUCAAAUCCCAAUGAGGUCACUGAAAUGAAAGAGAAUCAGACCAAGAGAGAGGGGGAGGAAGAGGACGACGACGAGGGAGAAGAAACCCAGACGGGAAAAGGCCAUCAGACAAGGUCGCUUUUUCUGGCGACACAGCAACAGCGAGGAGCGUGGUACUGAAUAUAUCCGCCCGCUCAGCCUGGGGACCGAAGGACUCGCAGAAGCACUUUGUAUUACCACGAAAACAAAGGAGAGGAGACGAGGAGGAGAGAGAGGGAGAGAGAGAGGGAGAGAGAGAGAAGCUCUGAGCAGUUCCGCUUUGGAUCUCCGGGAAGCAAGGUUCAUCUCCUCCGCCAGGAAGGAAAGGGGAGCCUGAGGGGUCUGGGAGGUUAGAAGGGAGCAGGUUUCCUGCGGAGACUUGGGAAGCGGCAGAACUCUGGACAGCGCCUCGCGAGCGGGGCUCCUUGCUCCUGGCUCCUCCAGGUUUCUGGCUGCCUCUUGAAAGCCCUUCUAUCGGUGCACUCUCUUCUCCUGGACUCCGACCACCAAACCCAGGAAAAUUCUACGAUUCCUGCCUGAACGUGCCAGGGGGUGGAACGACUCUUUUGCUCUGGCCCAGUCCGGGAAGAGGGUCUCCGGUUCUGGAAAUCUAGUCCUUGUGGAUAAUGCUUCGCUGGUGAAGAAAGAAAAGUUUUGGGGUCUGGUAGGGGGCGGAAGGGGUAAGGAGGAUAGUGGAAGGAAGAAGGUGGAUGGUUGGUUUCCCUCUCUGAUCUGGAAGGAAUGAUGACCGAGGAAGGAUGUGCACCAGCGGCCAGAUUAUUGGGAGCCUCUUGGUGCUCUCUGUGCUGGAGAUAGGGCUGGGGGUAUCCAGCGUGGCCGUGGGGGCGGUCAGCUUCAGCCUGGCCCUCCGAGAGCACAAGCCGCAGCUCGGAGACUCGUCCCCGGUAUGGAGCGGGGUGUGUUUCCUUCUUUGUGGCAUAUGUGGAAUAUUGUGCGCCAAAAAAAAAUCUGGACUUGUCAUGAUCCUUUUCUCUGCCUGCUGCAUCUGUGGACUCAUUGGGGGCAUCCUGAAUGUUCAGUUCCUUCGGGCAGUGACAAAGAAGACCUCGUCCCUCUAUCCUCUACAUCUUGCCUCCAUGUCCCUUGCGUGCAUCGGGAUCGGCGGCUGCACCCUCUCUUCCUGGCUAACUUGUCGACUAGCCAGCUACGAACAGAGGAGGAUGUUCUCGGAGAGGGAGCACUCGCUGCACCACUCUCAUGAAAUGGCUGAGAAAAGAUUGAGGGCUAUUGAAAUAACCGACUUGCCCAGCUGCCCGGUGGUGCCCCCGACACCAGAGUUACCUACAAGGAAAUGACAGACAACAUGAGCAAUGGAGGACCACAACUGAUAUUUAACGGAAGAGUAUAAUCAAUGUUUUAAAGAACUGAACAUUUUUUAGGAUUUUCAUGAGGAAAGGAGAUACCAAAGGAGUAGGGGAUAAAAUUAAAGCAGUUCUUGUAUUUGCUGUUUUCCCUCAUGGGCACCCAGUAUAAUCAUUCUCCCUCAGUUUGCCUCACUUACUU